AUGAGCUUGACGUACGGCGCCGGUGGCAUAGGGACGUCUCUGGCCGUCAUUGGAGCUUAUAUGCUCUUUACCGGCAGCGGCGAGGCCUUCAAUGUCGGAGCUUUCCUCGAAUCGGUAUCACCAUACGCCUGGGCGGAUCUGGGUAUUGCGCUUUGCAUAGGUCUUUCCGUGGUGGGCGCGGCAUGGGGCAUCUUCAUCACCGGUUCCUCCAUUCUCGGUGGAGGUGUUAAGGCACCACGAAUCCGGACAAAGAACCUAAUCUCUAUCAUCUUCUGCGAGGUCGUCGCCAUCUACGGCGUCAUCAUGGCCAUCGUGUUCUCGGCCAAGCUCCAACCCGUCACCGGCGCACAAUACUACUCGGGUGACAGCUACUACACGGGCUUUGCGCUCUUCUGGGCCGGCCUGACUGUUGGCAUGUGCAACCUGGUGUGCGGUGUUGCCGUCGGUAUCAAUGGCAGUGGUGCUGCGUUGGCGGAUGCUGCUGACCCUACGCUCUUCGUGAAAAUUCUGGUUAUUGAAAUCUUCAGCUCCGUUUUGGGUCUCUUCGGCCUCAUUGUCGGCCUGCUGGUUUCCGGCAAGGCCCCCGAUUUCGGCGCACAGUAG